CGACAUCCGCCCAGGCAAGCAACACUCACGGGCUCUUCAUCCGUUUCUGUCCUCCUCCUGGUGAUUCCCCCCUCCCUUCGUUAGUGCUCAGGUUAUCGCGGUCGGAAUGGCUUCCACUACGGUCAACGUCGUUCGGUACACCGCUCUCCUUGGUGGCGUUUUCUAUGGUAUUGCGCACCGCCGGUCACUACAAAAGGCUCAUGACGCCGAUGUCAAGUCGCACGCGAUCCACGAACGCGAGCACCUGAUUGCUGAGGCGAAGGAGGCAUGGAAAAAGAAGCAAGAGAGCCCCAAGGGUGGUGUUAUCACCAACCCUGAAGAUCCUCAGUUCGACCUUGAGAAGCUCAUUGCCAAGUGGGAGGCGGACUCGAAGUAACGUGGACGCUGUCUGUAUAUCCCCACCUAGAAUGCAGGCCUAUUCCGGAUAAGACUACGCCGUGCUCCGCUACUAGAACAGGCCCGGCUACUCAUGGGCAAAUCCCGUCCCCUGAUGCUCGCGGUCUCGUUGCCUCCAGUAUGUUACUCUACUGCGCCAGUGUGGCACCUACCCGCCAGCACGGCCCCGUUAUGCAUAAUUCUGUGCUUCCUGACACCCGU